AUGUACACCGGGUCCCGCGACUUGAUGAGGACCUACAUAGGCGAGGACAGGGACCUUGACGAGGGGGCCCUAGUGACACUGCUUAAGGUGGUGACCAGCGUCGACGACCUUGCCCGGACGGUCUUGCCACGCGAGGAGCUGGCGCCUUGCGCAGACCUGGGCUGGGCGACUCUGCAAGAGACGAUGUCGACCUUCGACGCCCAGGGGCUGGUUGACCAUCCGGGGCGCCGAGGCCCCGGAACUCUGCACAUCCCAGGGGUGGAUGAUAAUGGAGGGUGGGCUGCCGCCGCCGCCGACAGCAGGCCGCUGACCCGGGGCGAUAAGGGGAAGCAUCCUCAGGCGGGAGGUGGUCGUGACAAGGGUGGCGCUGUGUGGCUGCCGUCAGGGUCCCCGAGCGCCUCUGCUGAGAGGGCUCACAGGGGACCUAGCCCCCGGCCAUCCCCUGGCCAAGCCCCGGAACCCCUCCUCGAGGUGCUGGGAAGCGCCUGGGAGGUCAUCAGGCGGCUCGAGGCAGCCGUUGCGGCAGAGCAGGCUAAGCUCGAGAAAGAGCGUGCCACCCUAGUCGACGAAAGGAGCCGAGUAGAGGAGGUCCGCAAGUUGCUAGAGACCCGCGUGGCCUCGGCUCGCUCGACCUAUGAGAAGUCCAUGCGGGAGGUGGCCGUGGAGCGGGAGGCACUGGAGGAGGCAUGCGAUGAGGUUGUUGCCACGCAGGAGAAAGCCGACCGCUUGGAGUGGCUCGCGGUAGAGCGCGACCGAGUGUCGAGGAGGCACACCGGCGAGCUGGACACUCGCGAGGAGCAACUUGCCCGGCGCUUGUGGCAGGUUGCCUCACUGGAGGAGGCAGCUAGCCAGAGGGAGGAAGCCGUGCGGUCUGCACAGGGGGACCUCUGCCGUGAGAACGAUGAUCUUGAGCACGGUCGUGCCGCUGUCCUCCGCCAGGAGGAGCAGGUCACCUUGCGUGAGACGGAUGCCGACUUGGCGUCGUCAGCGCUUGCCUCCCGAGAGGAGCAGAUCGCACGGCACGAGGCGGAUGCCGAUUUUGUGUCAUCAGCACUCGCCGCCCGGGAGGUGCACGUCGCCAACCAGGAGGCCGACUUAGCUGCCCAAGAGCAUGCCAUCAAGUCCCGGGCCGAGCAACUAGAGCAGUCCCGGAUCGAAGUGGCUGCCCGACUGGAGGAGACACGGGCUGCGAAGGGUGUCCCUGCCAUCACCGCCGAUAGCAGUAACCUCGAGGCUCAGCUGAAGAACACCGAGGAGGAGCUUGAUACCAUCCUUUAA